GAGCUGGUGUGAUGUUGUCAUCGAUACUGAGGGUGUUAAUGUAGACAUACUAUGCAGGACUGAGCAGUGUUGUACCUUUAAGGCUGGAAUCUUUGAAACUUGUUAGACCACACCUGAACAAGUUUUGCAAGCACAGAAUAAGUGAGUGGAGCAGAAGGAAGAGAAAGAACAGCAACUCCUCUUCGGGCAGCAGAAUACAUUUUACCUGGAUUCUAUUAGCAGUCACCUUAACUCCAAACAGAUGUUAAGAGAUGAUCACUUCAUUGUAGAUAUUUUUUUCUUUUAGUGCUUUUUCACUUUGGAUAUAUUCUGUUAUCACUGCAGUUUAGACUUUGUGGUUUUGGAGAGUAAAAAAGCUAUCAAGAAAAGAGGAUGAUAUUUUAGAACAUACGCAACUGGAAUUUUUGGUUUGGUUCUUCUAGAAUUGAAGCAGAGGGAAAUAAACAUUACCUGUUUUUCAAUUGCCUCAGUGGAAAGGUACAGUUCAUAUUAUUAGAACCUGAAAGGAAAUAAACUAAGGAAGAGGGAAAAGAAGAAAAUCUAUGGGAUCAACUGUAAAAUACGAAGCUGGGAAUGGCCAUCAUGAAGGUGUUUCCUUCCUGAAUUCAAGCCCGUCAAGCAAACGUCGUGGUAAGAGGAAGGUGGUAAUUAUUGUGAUCGUCCUCCUCCUCUUCCUCAUCCUUACUGCCCUGGGAGGCAUCCUAGCCUGGCUUUUCUUGUUUAAAAGCAAGUCCAAUUCUACACAAGCCGUCCGUAAUGCAGCAGCACCAUCUGUACGGGCAUUCAGUGGCAGCUGUACAAUUUCCAGCUUGGAUUACUCUGCUGACUAUGAGAACUCUAGAUCAGACCAGUUUUAUUUGAUAGCAAAUGCAGUAACAAGAAUGAUCAACUCAACCAUUUCUGCAGAUUCCACAAUAGCACCAUUUUUUACCCAGCUUGCUGUCAAUGCAUUCAGUGAAGGGAGUGUGAUCGCCUACUUCUGGAUGCGGUUCGAUGUUUCAGAAUCGAACUCUGCUGUACUACCUUCACUUUCAAAGAGCUAUGUCCUCUCACUCCUACAGAAGUCCACAAGGAAGCCAAAGCAGACAGGUGUCUCAGAAGAUUUACGGAUCACCACUGUGGCACUCUCUCCUGCAGAUCCCAGACUGCUCCGAUUUCCCAAAGAUGAAAACUGUAUGUUUGACCUCACUGCAGACCCUAGUGGUAAAAAGGUGAAUUUCACAUCCCCUGGCUUUUCCAAAGGAGCUUAUGCACGUAACGAGCAGUGCCAGUAUAUUCUGCGUGCUCAGAAGGGCUAUGUGAUCUACCUCAACUUUCCCAUCUUCCACAUUGAAGACAACUGCACAGGAGAGUUUGUAACCAUUUUUGACUCCCUUAGUGCUAGUGAUGAUGAUCUCAUUACAAUGAAAUGUGGAAACCGACCACCAAGCAAUCCACUGACAGUACUGUCCUCCGGACAUGUGGCAAUGGUUUCAUUCAUCAAUGAUGGUACUUCAGUUUACCCAGGAUUCUCUGCAGAAUUUCAUCAGGUUCUGAAAAUGAAAGAGUGCAAACUAGUUCUACCAGGAUCAGAAGGAAACUUUACUUCUCCCUACUAUCCAGCCUUUUACCCACCAAACAUCGACUGUGUAUGGACCAUUCAGGCUCCUCCUGGCAUGAGGAUCCGUAUCACUUUCAACAUGUUCCGUUUGCUGGAACCAGAUGUUAAAGAUGAUUGCUUGAAAGACUAUGUUGAAUUAUUUGGUCAAAGAUACUGUGGUGAGAAGCUUCCCUUCACUGUGACAUCAGAUGGGCCAACAGCUGUAGUGAACUUCCACUCCGAUGAAUCUCAGACCGACAAAGGCUUUGAGGCAGAAUAUAGUAUUUAUGACCCAAGGAAACCUUGUACUGAUGGGCAGUUCGCCUGUGCUUCUGGUCGUUGCAUUCCUCCCGAUCUUAAGUGUGACGGAUGGAAUGACUGUGAAGACCUUGAUGAUGAACAGAACUGUGUGUGUGCUGCUGACCAAUUCCGCUGUGAUAACAACCUGUGUAAAUCCUUGCUGUGGAAGUGUGACCACGUGAAUGACUGUGGAGACUACAGUGAUGAAAAGGGCUGUCAAUGUGAAGCAAAACAAUGGGAAUGCAACAGCGGCCAGUGCAUACCUACAGAAAAAUACUGUAAUGGUGUAAAUGACUGUGCAGACAGCAGCGAUGAACUUUCCUGCAAUUCUACCACUGUUCCUUGUACAAAUGCUGCAUAUGUCUGUGAAAACAACAAAUGCAUCAGUAAAGUAAAUGCAGAAUGCGAUGGUGUCACUGAUUGUGAAGACAACUCUGAUGAACGUUAUUGUAGUUGUGGAAACCGACCUUACAAACACAAUCGGAUUGUAGGUGGCACAGAUGCAGAUGUUGGUGAAUGGCCAUGGCAGGUCAGUCUACAUUACCAAGGGGAAGGACAUCUAUGUGGAGCAUCCAUCAUAUCAGAUCGCUGGCUAGUGUGUGCAUCCCAUUGCUUCCAGCCGACAGACAGAGUUGACUACAGUAGGCCUGACAAGUGGACAGCUUAUGUUGGGUUACGAGUCCAGGGAGACACAUCAACAGCCCAAAUUAGGAAGAUCAGCAAGGUGAUCACACACGAAUACUACAAUGGUGAUACCUUUGACUAUGAUGCUGCAGUACUUGAACUGAGCUCUCCUCUGACAUUCAGCAACACUAUCCAGCCCAUCUGUCUACCAGCAACUAGUCACAUCUUCCAGGCGGGCAAAUCAUGUUACGUAACAGGCUGGGGCACUUUGACUGAAAGAGGGCAACUUGCGCAAGUUCUUCAGAAAGCAGAGGUGAAGAUAAUUAAUGAUACUGUGUGCAACAGUGCAACAUCUGGCCAAGUGACUCCUCGAAUGAUGUGUAGUGGAUACCUCACCGGAGGUGUGGAUGCAUGCCAGGGUGACUCUGGUGGCCCUUUGUCAUGCAUGGAGGACAGUGGUAAAUGGUUUCUAUGUGGAAUCGUCAGCUGGGGUGAAGGCUGCGCUCGAAGGAAUAAACCUGGAAUUUAUACACGGGUACCUGUAAUACGAAAGUGGAUCAAGGAAAAAACUAGGAUUUAACUAAAUCCAAAGACUUGAGGACUGAAAAUGAUAUGCCAGCACUGAAACUGCAGAGAUAAAAGAGAAGACUACACAGCUGUAUAAAAUAUCAGGGUUGUAAAAACACUAGCAUUUAUGGCUUAGAACUCUGGGUGGGGUGUGAGGGGGACUCGCAUAAUGUUAUACCAGCUCUGCCCUGAUUCAAUAACGUGCCUUUUGACAAUAAACAACUUAAAAUGGGACAUCCAUGCUCUUUGCACUAGUUUACUAAAAGGUCCAUAAAUGGUUCUGAGAGCAGAAAUGUAUAAUUUAGACGUGUGUUGAUGACAGGCAUGUGAUUUCUUAAAUAAAGAAAAAAACAUUAAGUCUAACUAUCUAUAAAGUUAUUUUUUAAAUGCAGGUUUGAAUAAUUCAGAAGUCAGAGUUUAUUAUUGCUUUUAAAGUACAUAGUAGAUUUGCAUUUUUUUUUUGUUUGUUUUUAUUUAUUGUGGUUCAGUCCCUGGAAGCAUCCUAAUGUACAAAGUACUACCUGUUAAAAAGAUAAACUGCCAGUCUGCAUUUUAACAUUAAAUAACAUUCUCAUAAAUGAAUAGGGUAGUACCAUGUUUGUCAUUCAGAGUUUUAAUUUUUGGAGAACACAAAUUUUGCAUCAUUAUUCGCAUAUGUUUGUGAAGCAUAAAUGCAGUCAUGGCAGUUUGUUCAUUAAGACCUGUAGAACUCAGCUGUUAAAGUUGGAAGAAGUAAGUAGCACUUUUAGCACUACUAGAAACAUCUGUAUACCAGAGCACAUACAUAGGCUACUUACUUUUUAACCAGUAUGAAAUGUCUUAUCUGUGUCCUUUUUAUGUAUUUUUCACAGUACAACACAUUAGAAGACAUGUAUAAAACAUGCCAAGUAAGUGUAGUGAUUCAGUGUAAAACAUUUUAUUAGUAUACCUCAGCAUGUGAGAGUGGAGAUAAUCAUGUAACAAUAUUUUUAUUGGUUUGUUGGUCAAGUUGCUGUUUAGCAAUAACUGAGCCCAAAUAAGCAAAUUAGCACUCACUGCAAGUUUUUGCAACUUACCCUGUGGGGGAUGUUACAGAGGGCAAAGCUUAAUAUGUUGGAGAGGUAUGGCUGGCUUUGACACCUCCACAAAAAAGUAAAUAAAAAAAUUUGCAAGUUCGUUUGAUUUUGCAGAGAACAUGCCAUCUGCAGUUGCACAUGCCUACAUCAUGCACACACAUACUCUUAUUUGCCACUCAGUGACUUAGCUUUGAUCCCACUCACCCUCAGACUUUAAGCCCAUUCCUUUUGUAUAUUGCAAGAAUAUAUUUGCAGCUAAGCACUGUUAAAAUUCACCUUAAACAUUUCCUUGAUCAGAAAUGCAGUACCGCUGCAGAGGUUCAGUGGGUUUCCCCUUUAGCAAUUUAUUCUGCUCCAAAAAUGAAAUGGAAAACUUAGCAUGAUAGCAGUUGUAAAAUGCAUUCUGUGGGAUAUUACAAGCAUCACACUUCCAUGUCUAUGCACAGUAUACAACUACUCCACACAUGACAGUUGAGCAAUAAAAACAUGAAUUUGUAUAUGUGUGCAUUUAUGUGUAUGUUUUGGUUGAGAAUUGUAUGAAACUGAAAACAUAAACCUUAACCAUUGGAAAACUCAUGCUAUAUUAGAAAACUCUGUCAAGGAAUUGAUCACUUCAAUAGAUGUACAAUUACUCAUACAUUUAUGGUACUGAAUCUUUUUGUAUACUAAAUAAAAGAAAUAUUUUCAGUC